AUAGGUGCAACCUGUAUUCAAUUCAUAUCUUUCAGGGUACAUAUCUUUCACGCAUUGGGGGCACUGAUAAAUUAAAUGUCUCUCCGGCCAUUCUCCGGCCCUUUAUUAAGCUAGCAAGUCAACAUUGCUUAUAGUAUAUUACCUAGUACGUCCGUCAAAUAUUUGAAGAUAUAUAGGAGAAAUGAAUCUCUCCGUGAAUGGUGAAUCGCAGGUUCCUCCCGGAUUCCGGUUCCAUCCGACGGAGGAGGAGCUUCUGCAUUACUACUUGAGGAAGAAGGUGGCGGCGGAGAAGAUUGACCUCGACGUCAUUACCGACGUUGAUCUCAACAAGCUUGAACCAUGGGAUAUUCAAGAAAUGUGCAAAAUAGGAUCGGGACCGCAAAACGACUGGUACUUUUUCAGUCACAAGGACAAGAAGUACCCGACGGGAAGCCGGACGAAUCGGGCAACGGCGGCGGGGUUUUGGAAGGCAACAGGGCGGGAUAAGGUUAUAUACAGCAAUGGGAAGAGAAUAGGAAUGAGGAAGACCUUAGUUUUCUACAAGGGGAGAGCUCCGCAUGGGAAGAAGUCGGAUUGGAUCAUGCAUGAAUAUAGGUUGGACGAAACCUCCCGUAACCCCUCCGGCUCAAGUUUGGCCGGAGAAACGUUGACCGGUGAAGAGGGUUGGGUGGUUUGCCGAGUUUUCAAGAAGAAAAACUAUCACAAGGCUCUUGAAAGCCCUCGUCUUGCCGGCUUUGACAAAGUCCACCCAGGAAACGACGUCGUCGUUCUUGAUCAGAUUCUUACCUACAUGGGAAAAUCCUCAAUCCAAAACGGGACCAAAAAUAGUAAUAAUGGCAGUAAAAAUAAAAAGCUUUUAAUGAACGGCCACGAUGGAAGUAAGGAAUUCACCGGCGCAAUCCCGUCCGCUCGUUUCCUACACCUUCCGGGGCUUGAAACCCAAUCCCCCAUGGAGAUCAUCUCUCCCCACCAUGUUUCCAGCAACAUCUCACCUUUCUUGAGUCCACCAUUAUUUGAAGACCUUUUGACCGAGACUGAACCGGUUGAGGAAUUGAAACUGGCCGCCGGUCCGACCGGUUGGGCUGCUCUGGACCGCAUGGUGGCCUCUCAGCUCAACGGCGGCCAAGUCGAAGCAUCUAGUAAGAGCUGCGCCGCUGCCGGUGAACUUAGCGACAGCUUGUAUUUUCCGGUAGCGGAUCACCGGCCGUUUGGUAGCGGGAACGAUGAUUGUAACUACCAUAGUUUCCAAGUCAACGUCAACGGCGUUGACUUUUGGAAUUAUACCCACUCAUCAUCAUCACCAUCGGAUCCUUUGUCACAUUUGUCUGUAUAAAUAGCCAUAUACGGUCAUAUAUACAAUCAUAUAUAGAUACAUAUACACAUAUAUUACAUAUACAUACAUGCUUUGGAAUUAAAAAAAUACAUACAUGUAUAAUUAAUUAACGCGGGAAGGCACAUUAAUCUUAAUUAAUAAGCUAGUACUAGUAUUACUAUGGUGGGUCAUAUUUACUACGGAGUACGUGUCUACGUAGUACCAUGCAUACUACGUACGUAAUACAUAGAUUUGUAGAACUGAAAUCAUAC